AUGGAACAAACCCCUUUUACAAACAUAGAAAACAUUUUAUCUACUUUACCUGAUAGCUACCCAAGACAAAAUGAAAUGAACGAUUAUAGUUUAAUAGUAAAUGAAAGUUCACUUAUUAAUGUUAUUUCAGAGAAUUUGAAUAUUGGAAAUAAUAAUGAUGAACCAAAAGAACUGGAACAUAAUCUAAAGAACAACUCUAGAAAUACAAGUCAUCAUUUAUCUCAAGAAGAAAUGAGUUACAAUAGUUGUGAUCCAUGUCAGCAUACAUGGGAUUGUGAAUGGUCUGGUAAAUACAUUCCAUAUAAGAAUGUCCUACUUGAAAAGCAAAAAAAUAAGGGAUCAAAAAGAAUAAGUUGUCCUUUCCUUGUUAAUAUGUCUAAAAAAAUAAAAGAACUUAUUGAAAGCUAUACAUUUUGUGAUCUUGAUAUGCUAUCUCAGAUCAAAUUACUUCAUGAGUUGUUUUUUAAAACAACAAUAGUGGAUUAUGAUGUAAAGAACUAUGUUUAUAAGUUUUGUCAAAUUCAUGAAAUGCAGGAUGGUAAUGUUGCAAAGCUUCUUCAACAUUAUGAAAAAGAAUGUGCUAAGGAUCCUGAUUGGUAUAUUCAACUAUUAAUUGAUUUAGAGACAAAUAGAUUACAAGGUGUGUUCUAUAUGUUACCUGAACAACGAGAACUUUGGCAACAUUAUGCAGAUAUCAUUUUAAAUGAUAACACAGCAUCAACCAAUACCUAUAAUCUACCAUUAAGCAUUUUUGCUAUUGUCAAUAAUAAUUUUAAAUUACGGAUAAUUGCACAGGUUGUAUUAAUUGACAAAACAAAUAAAAGUUACAGAUGGGUAUUACAACAAACAAUCGAAGCAACUGGAGUUCAGCCUGGUGCCUUUAUUAUUGAUGCUAACCUGGGUCUUGAAAGUGUAGUUCUUAAAAUAUAUCUGAAUACUUAUCUUCUUCACUGUAUUUGGCAUAUCAAAUACAAUCUUAAAAAACAAUUGUCUAAACCAUUUGGUGAUUAUUAUGAAUCAACUGAGUACUUGGUUAAACAACUUGACUCACGUAAAACAACAUGGGCAAAGGCAUUUACAAGUCAGUUUUCAGCUUGGUGUGAGAAAACAUUAACAUAUGCAACACUAAAUGUUUGUAGAAAGCUUUUUUUAAAUAUUUAUAAUAUUUUACAAAAAUAUAUAACUCCUAAAAUUUUACAAUUGCAUGUUGAUCAAAUGAAUAAAGCAGUAAUAUAUAAUGAUAAAAAGAAGCUUCUUGAGAGAAUUGAUCAUUCUCUAAUAACUGAGAGUGCUAUGCCUAUUAAACCACCUGAACAAGCUGCUGCAAAAGUGAUUAGCCAAAAACAAUCUGCUAAAGGAAUAUUGCUUAAACUUGCAUAUAAAUGCAUAGAAUCAGUUGAUUAUGAUAAUCCUAAUGAUUUAAUGAAAAUGUUUAAAGAAUGUGGUAGUCAAGUUGAAAAACAUGCUCAAGCAUCUUGUCUUGAAGUUCAGAAUUCACUUCAACAUGUUGGAAAAG